CCCUUCCCCGGCAGGAAGCGCGUCGCUGUCUCCAGCUGUGCCCAGAGCCAUCCCUCCGCGGGCAGCUGGUGGCCGGCGACACCUGGGACCGCCCCCGGAGGAGAGUGGAGCCGGCAGCUUGGCCUGCAGGGCGGCGUCAGGAACCCAGGUGGAAGAAACCGAGAGCCAGUUAAGCACUCAAAUAAGAAGGAAAACAUCUGUUGGCAUGGGAAAGUGAUUAUUUCCCCAGCUACUGAGUACAGCACAACCGGCCUGGCUAUUUUCAACUCUUGUUUUCUUGUCAGGUUUUGUUCUUUCAGGAAACCUUACAGAAACCUCAACCAUCUGGAACUUAGAAACUCAUUUGGGGCUGACUGUGGCUUCUAGAACAUCCAGGUGUUCUGCAGAUGUGAGAAUUUAUCCUGUAAUCACCAGCUGGAGUCCUAAGCAGAUGCAAGACUUGUGUUGUGGCUCUAGCCUCCUUGAGUGCGGAGGGUCACUUAUGCGCUGAGUGGCCCAAGAGUGGUGAUUGACAUUGAUAGUUGAAUGCUGCACCCAGCCAAUCAUCUUACUAAGCUGUGACGAGAAGACAUCUCCAGGGGACCAAUCCAAUUUAGGGUGACAUAUUUCCUGACUCUCUUGGAUUAGGAUUCCAGACGGGGUCCUUUUGUCUGUAGUUCUACCAUUUCUGUAGCCAUUUUUAACACCAGGGUUUUUUUUUUUGCCAACUAGAACCAUGCUCCUUGGUGCCUUCCUGCACUCAAGGUGAACAAAGAGAAAACUCUUAGAGAAAUCUGUGGUGGUGGCCCGUUAUCACUCGAUCAAGACAACAGGAGUCUCUGUGUGCCACCAUGGGCUGGCUUUUUCUAAAGGUUUUGCUGGUUGGCAUGACUUUCUCUGGAUUUCUCUACCCUCUCGUGGAUUUCUCCAUCAGUGGGAGAACAAGAGCUCCCAAACCAAACAUUGUGAUUAUUUUGGCUGAUGAUAUGGGAUGGGGUGACCUGGGAGCAAACUGGGCAGAAACAAAGGUCACCCCUAAUCUUGACAAGAUGGCUUCUGAAGGAAUGAGGUUUGUAGACUUCCACGCAGCCGCUUCCACCUGCUCUCCUUCGCGAGCCUCCCUGCUGACAGGCCGGCUGGGUCUACGUAACGGAGUCACGCACAACUUUGCCGUCACGUCCGUAGGGGGGCUUCCACUCAACGAGACCACCUUGGCCGAGGUGCUGCAGCCGGCUGGCUAUGCCACUGCCAUGAUAGGCAAAUGGCAUCUUGGGCACCAUGGCCCUUAUCACCCCAAUUUUCGUGGUUUUGAUUACUACUUUGGAAUCCCAUACAGCCAUGACAUGGGCUGCACUGACACCCCCGGCUACAACCACCCUCCUUGUCCAGCAUGUCCCCAGAGCGAUGGCCUAUGGAGGAGCCCCGAGAGGGACUGUUACACAGAUGUGGCCCUUCCUCUCUACGAAAACCUCAACAUCGUGGAGCAGCCGGUGAACCUGAGUGGCCUUGCACAGAAGUAUGCAGAAAAGGCAGCGGAGUUCAUUGAGCAGGCAAGCACCAGUGGAAGACCCUUCCUGCUCUAUGUGGGCCUGGCGCACAUGCAUGUGCCUUUGACUGUGACGCCACCGUUGGAAAACCCAUGGAGCCAACGGCUGUACCAUGCAAGUCUCCGCGAGAUGGACAGUCUGGUAGGGCGGAUCAAGGACAAGGUGGACCACGUGGCCAAAGAAAACACGCUCCUCUGGUUUACAGGAGACAACGGCCCAUGGGCUCAGAAGUGUGAGCUGGCAGGCAGCAUGGGUCCCUUCUUUGGACUGUGGCAAACCCGUCAAGGCGGAAGUUCAGCCAAGCAGACCACCUGGGAAGGUGGGCAUCGUGUCCCAGCACUGGCUUACUGGCCUGGCAGAGUCCCAGCCAAUGUCACGAGCACUGCCUUGUUAAGCGUGCUGGACGUCUUCCCCACGGCGAUAGCCCUGGCAGGAGCCAGCUUGCCUCCAAACCGGAACUUCGAUGGCCUUGAUGCCUCUAAGGUGCUCUUUGGCAGGUCACAGGCGGGACACAGGGUACUAUUCCAUCCCAACAGUGGGGCUGCUGGAGAGUCUGGAGCCCUGCAGACUGUUCGCCUGGACCAUCACAAGGCCUUCUACAUUACUGGUGGAGCCAAAGCUUGUGAUGGGAGCAUGGGUCCUGAGCAACACCACACAUCCCCUCUCAUUUUCAACCUAGAAGAUGAUGCCGCAGAAGCUGUGCCUCUACAGAGAGGAAGCUCUGAGUACCAGGCGGUGCUGCCGAAGAUCACCAGGAUUCUUGCAGAUGUCCUUCUUGACAUUGCUCAUGACAACAGCUCCCAGGCAGACUACACUCAGGAUCCUUCAGUGAUUCCCUGCUGUGACCCCUACCAAAUUGCCUGCCGUUGCCAAACUGUGUGACGGGUUGUUCUUUUUCCCAUGAGAAAGGUGAUCUGUAAAUUUCAGAGAGGUUAGGUUCACUUCCAAACUUCAUUUUGGACGUGGAUGUCUACUUUGGGAAGGAAGUUGCAGAAUCUGGUUUGGAAGCUGUAACUUUCCCUGUGUAGACUGCCCCCUCCACAGGCAGGUUUAAGAAGAUUCAAGCACUGAUACAGUGGGCAUGGCAUGAUUGAGCUCUAGUGGGCUAUGGAGUCACCGCACAGGUCCAAGUCCUAGGUUUUAAGCUUGGGCAAUGACUUAAAUCUCAAUUGCAAGUUGAUUUUGAAGCUUAAUGUGACGUAUGAAGUCGCCUGUGUAUCCCCAGCACCAAGCAGAUCCCAAGCAGGUCCUUAAUGUUUUAGUUUCUGUCUUGUGUCCCCAGUUUCACUGGUCACUGGAGCACAAACUCAUUCUGGCUGGUAUGUAGAGCUUGGCCAUCUUCAAUACACAUACAGAUCACCAGGGAAUCUUGCAAAAUGCAGACUCUGGCUCAGGAGAUCUAGAGGAGGGUCUGGGAGACUUACACUGUUGCUGGAUUCCUUUGAGAUGCCUUGAGCAGCGCAGAGCUAAACCAAAGUUAGGUCUUCCUAGGCCUUGGAGCAGAAGAACUCAUGGUCCUUCUCUCAUGUAAAUGUUACAUGGCUAUACUAUAAAGAUUCAGGAGUUUGGGGCUGAAGAAAUGGCCCAUCAGUUAAGAGCACUGGAUCUGGGGUCAGUUUCCAAUACCUACAUAGUGGCUUAAACUGUAUAUAAGACUAAUUCUAGGGGACCCACCACUCUCCUCUGGCCUCUGAGGAUGCCAGACAUUCACGUGGUACACAUACAUACAUACAUGUAGGCAACACUUUUAAAAUAACAUUUAAGAUUUCUUCCCAGCCCCUAAAACUUCCAAGAAAUAAAACAAAAAAACGUAAACAACUCACAAAUGCAUUGCCAUUUUAUUUAAUUAGUGUCCUGAAUGGGACUCAAGGGUAAUAAACGAUUUAUUCCAAUCACUGCAAAAAUACUUUGCCUGGUUAAAAUAGUUUCUCUCUCUAUGUCU